AUGCAAGUGCUGAUGAAAUACAGAGAAAGGCGGUACGGGUUAAUCCUACAUCUGAGGAGGGCAAUGUUUGUUGCACCAAGGUUCACAGCGCACAUGCAUGGGAAGGAAAUAUCUGUUAAGGUGGCUAGAUGCAAAACCCGGGUAGCAGGGGACGCGAAGAUUGCCAACCUGACCGAUUGGAGUAUUCUGGUGAUGGAUCCUAAACCCCCGUUUGAAAACAAUGGAAGAGGUAAAUGUGUUGAUGGAACUAGUGGCGACAAUGUUACCGUACAUAGCUAA